AAAGAUGUGAGGUUAUGGGUGACAUCCUAAACGCCACGGUCAGCGCUAAAAGUUGCGGAAGAAUGAAAUAAUGUCCACUGUAGAGCAGAGACAUUUUCCAUACAAAGUAUGGAGCUGCCACAGAGAGACAAGGAAAGCAGUUGUGGCAGCUUCUCUCUCAGAUCUUCGAAUUAAAGGUGGAGAAAGGUUAGGCUACAGUAACCCUACAGAGCUCAAAGUGGUGCUAGAAAGUGAUGGAACAGAGGUUGAAGAUGAAAAUUACUUUAAAACAGUGGACAGAGACACAAUCUUUAUCUUGCUCCGUCCUGGUGAACAGUGGUUCCCUCCUAGCAUGGAAACAUUGCGAGCAGCCAUUACAGCCAUUCCUCGAAUUGUUUGUGAUGUUAUCAACAGCCUGGAGUUGGUGGAUAAGCAGCCUUCAUGGAAAAUCAUGGACAAUAAGGGCCGCAUUACAGUUGUGUUACACUGGGAUCAGCGAGAUAUCCACAGGCCACCUGGCCGCCAACCGUCCAGCAAACAGGGUACCAUGUGGAGGGUAGAAGUGAUGUCACAAGAAGCCCAAACUGCUGACCAAACCACUGCCGACAUUAAAGACCUUUCAAUUCAGAGAGGAGCUUGUGCCAAACUUAGUCUUGAAGACCUGGAAACCAGGCUUCCAUCUUGUAUGCUGCCAAAAAAAAUUAUAGAAAAGGAGGAAGAACUGCCAGAAGAAGGAACUUCUGCAGGACCCAGUGCAAUUGCUGUACAACGGAAGGUAGGAAAAGGUCAUGUUAGAUUCUUGAAUGUUACAAGAGAGUCAAAGAUUCCUCAACAAAAUGAGUCUGAAUCAGACACAGAAAACACAGCUUAUGAUGAGGAACAACUCUCUGAACGUUACCUCCUACUGACAGACCAGCUAUCUUUAGAGCAAAACUGCCAUUUGACCAUUAAAGACAUUGGUGUUAUUCUAGAGAGGCUAAGUUCCAAGAUAGUAGAUGUGGACAAAUUAGAGCGAGAGAAAGAAAGCUCUGAGGUGCACAACUGGACAAUCAAAGCAUCUAUUCGAGGAGAAGUGCUUCGAGAAAUUGGAGUGAUUUACAAUGGACAAUACUAUGGGAUAAUAGAGCACCCAGGGUAUUUUUGAUUGGUGUUCAUACUUAAUAACUGAAAUUUUGUUCUGGUCAUUGCUGGAGUCAGGUACUGCUUAGUUGCAAUAGUAUUAACUUUGUUCAUUUACUAAGAAAAGAAAGCUCAAAGAAUAAAUCUUGUUAAGGUAAAUUUAACAUACCUGGAACUUUGAAUAUAAGGUUUUUCUGUAGUUUUGACACUCAAGAACGUACAGUUAGGUAAAAUAUUUCUAUUCAUAAUGUU